AUGGCCACCACCGUCCUUGCUGACCUGGCAGUCUUGUUACACAAAAUCUCGCAUGAAGUGGACACGGCAGAAAUCAACGGCAAGCUCAAAGAUGUCUACUCCAUCCUCGAACCGACCAUUGCGGAGUUCAAACGACUCGGCGCCAAGGCCAGACUGCACGAUGUCCCCGACGCACUCUGGAAGUCUCUGACCCAAACCAUCACCACAAUCAUGACUCUGUGUGAGCAGCGUGGUUUGGAGAAAGAGCGACAGAUGUGGGCUUCAAAAUGGGCCACGUUCAAGCAGUCCUACCAAAAGGGCAAGGCCGCCUUAGCCGAGGAGCGCAGGCGGUGCGACAAUCUCAAGUCCGAAGUCGAUGCUCUUCGUGACCAGCUCAAAGAUCUGCAAACCGCGGGUUCGAAUAUGUCUGAGAGUCGCAAAUUGGCAGACGAAGAACAUCUCGCAAGACACAUGCAGCAUCUCAGCGACGCCAACAACGACAAGAUCAAAGCGAUCGCGGAGAUUGAGAAGCUCAAGGCCAGCGAGCAGAUUGCAGAGCUCAAGUUCAACAUGGUCUCAAAAGAACGUGACGAAGCGCUCAAUCAUGUUGCAAAGCUACAGUCGCAACUGGUAUCCAAGGAUGAGGAGCUGACAGAAGUCCUGGGCCGUGUCAAGUCCGACGCCACCCAGACUCAGAUGGCUUUGUCUGACGCCGAAGCUCAGCUGGCCCAAAUGGAUAAGGAGAUACAGACCAUGCGAUCCCAAUUGACCAGUAAGGAAAAUGAGGUUCAUGACCUGCAGGCCCGACUGGACCAUACACUGGAGCAGAACACAUCCAUUGCCAAGGAGCUGGAGGAUACCAAAGAUAAGGCGAUACAACUACAGGCCAGCUUGGAGGACUUUUCCUCCCGUGAGUCUCAGUUCCAACAGUUCCGCAGGAGUCCCCACGACCUCAAUAUGGCUCCUCUUGGCCAUAUACAGCAACUGCAUCCCAACAUGCACUCGCCCUCUACUGGAACCCCUCCUUCUCUGCUUCAUUCAAUUCAACACACUCCACCUUCGCAUGCAUUCCCUAUGCAACACACGCCACCUCCGCAUUUGCAAGCUAACCAUCAUUACCAAUCAACACCACCUCGUCAUGGCUCAUACCACCAGUCGUCGCCUCUUCACAGUGCAUACCACGGGACGCCGCCUCUUCACAGCUCCUACUACCAGUCGCCGUCUCCGAACCACGUCUACAAUCAAGCUUUCUCGCCAUGUGUUGGCCAGGGAUCUCCUUACGGCGGUCAAACAUCAGCUCAUGGAUACCCAAAUAAGGGUCCCCCUCGACCCCGAACGAAUGGAAGGGACGGAACGUCGAGACCACAGACUGCUCACAGUAUUGCCAACCAACAGCACCAGGAGCCCCUCGAGGGCUACUUUACUGAUCAACCUAGUCCGUUUGUGGACCAGCCGUCUCAGAAGCAUAACCGCCCGGUAUCGAAAGGGGUCCGAUGGCCUGAUAAUCUCCCAGACACGCCUUUGAUGACGAUGAACCGCGGUGAUAAAUGCGAGAACAAAAGGCCGAGCACAAGCCACUCAGACAGCGCCGGUAUCGUCGAAGCCACCCCUGUCAAGACCAAGUCGAGUCCUUCCAAGGAGAAUGUUAGCCCUGCCAAGCCUGGCACGAGUCCCUCCAAGGCCUCUCCCACAAAGUACGGUACUCUGAAGAGGAAACUUAGGGGGAUUCGUAGGCCUCCCUACGGGUACAUGACAGGAACAUCCGGUGGAACCGUGACAGCGGAGGCUGCGCUCCGUCUCGACCAUCCCAUUGUUUCGUGGGAAGGUCCCUACUUUCAUUCCCGCUCCCGCUUUGGCCCAGUCCCAGCGUUUUUGGAUGAGCGGCUGGAGACGAUGAAGCAAGAUCUCAGUCCUUCUCUCGUCGCCCUGAUGUGGAGCAAAAGUUGUCGACGAGCCUUGCGUCGCAGGCCUGAAGGGCCGGGUGGAGUAAAUAUCGAAUCGCUUAAGCCUUUGCAAUUUGAAAAGACCAAGAUGAAACUGGCAGAUGGGCUCGGAGACCGCAUGUGUCUGGGUUCCUUAACUUGGCCAGUGCAGAUUCAUGUCAAUUAG